AUGAUUAUCCUAUCCCUAUGUCGAAGGGUGUCUCCUUCUCACGGCUCAAUAUCACAGUCAUUGAAGCAUGGUGUAGCGCUCAAUUCAACGUCACUUGGCCGACGUGCUCUUCAUGGUCAGGCUUCAGCGCACCAGGAUGCUCAGGUUCAGAACAUUCGCAAUAUCGGCAUAAUUGCUCACGUCGAUGCUGGCAAAACGACAACCACAGAGCGAAUGCUUUAUUAUAGCGGAGUCACGCAACGAGUGGGAGAUGUUGAUGCUGGCAAUACCGUCACUGACUUUCUGGAACUGGAACGGGAGCGAGGAAUCACGAUUCAGUCAGCAGCAAUCACUUUCAAUUGGCCGAAAGCUCAAAACUGCCCUCCUGGGACUCACCCCAAGACUGUCAACUUGAUCGACACACCCGGUCAUCAAGAUUUUAGAUUCGAGGUUGAUCGGUGCCUACCCAUCCUUGACGGCGCCGUUUGCAUCAUUGAUUCGGUCAAAGGUGUCGAAGCCCACACGGAACGAGUAUGGGGGUCGGCGCAAGAGUUCAAGAUCCCCCGUCUUGUAUAUUGCAACAAACUAGAUCGCGAAGGGGCGUCUUUCAAGAAGUCCGUCUUGGAAAUCGGGACUCGGUUGAAGGGCUGGCCCCUCGUAUGUCAAAUUCCGUGGUGGGAAAAGGAAGCCUUUGUAGGCGUAAUAGACAUCAUUGAAGGUGUCGCCUAUCGAUGGAAGUCGGAACGAGAAAAGGUCCGUUACGGACCGGACGAGCUCAAGCAGAAACUGUCCGAGUCUAAUCCGGAGUUGCUGGCCGAAAUCCAAUUGGCCCGACAACGUCUCAUUGAAGGCCUGGCCGACUUUGAUGAGGCCAUCAUGGACGAGUUUCUUGCCGAAAACACGGACAUACCAAGUUCAAUGCUGAAGCAAGCAAUUAGACGCACUAUCCAGAGCGGUGAUGGGCGUGUUAUUCCAGUCUUCGCGGGUUCCAGCUUUCGCCAUAUUGGCGUCGAGCCAUUGAUGGAUGCCAUUACCGACUACCUGCCAAAUCCAGCCGAACGACCGGAUGCUGAAGUACGAGUUGGAUCCUCUAAGCAACGCCUUCACCAAGUUUUGGAUAGCAAGGGCAAAAAGGCGGGUGCAAGCAUUGCCUCUGUAGCUUCUGUCUUCAAGGUCGUCACACACCCAAAAGAGGGUGUCAUCAGCUUCGUUCGAGUCUAUCACGGCACUCUAACGCGUAACGCAUCGAAUUUCAACACCAAUGUCAACAUUCAGGAGCGGCCCAUGGGAAUUCUCCAAAUAUCAGCAUCAAAAACACAAGAUGUACAGGAGCUCUCAGUUGGGCAAAUCGGCGCUCUUAGAGGUCUCAAGAAAGCCCGAAGCGGAGACACAUUAAUAACGACUCUGCAUGGCAAACCUGUCCCAGAACACCUCCGUCAUGUCCAGAUUCGGCCGCCUGAAAUUCCACCACCUGUUGCAUUCUUGCAGGUAGAACCGUAUGGAAACGUCGCAGCCCAGGAGCUACAAACCGCACUAGAAAAUGCCUCUCGAGAAGAUCCCAGUCUUCGAUGGAGUCGAAACCCGAAAACUGAUCAGUUCACAAUUCAGGGAAUGGGGAAACUUCAUCUAGAUGUUUCUCUUUAUAACAUGAGACAAAAGCACAAGAUCGAUGCCGAGUUCGGUCAAAUCGAGGUUGACUACAAGGAAAGCGUAACCCAGCCGACGAAGCCACAAUACACAGUCUUUGACAGACCUGUGGCCAGCAAGCCAGGCAAAGCUGCUUGUACCGUAACAUUGGAGCCUAUUGACGCCGAUAACCAUGACAGCCUCCUGGAAUCUGCUAUCGAAAUAGACGGCAACAUUUAUGAGAUCGAGGUCCCCGAGUUUGCGGAAUCGACCGCACUGACAUUCGACGUUGAAGAAGCUCGACACCAACUUCUCAACGGAGCCAUUGCCGGACUGGCACGUGGUCCCCGUAGAGCCUCUCCGAUUCACAGCUGCCAUGUAAAACUUAGCCUUGAUACCUCGGAAGGUUCGCUGGAGAGCCCUACUGGCGGACAUUUCAGCAGCGUCGCCAGAACUGCGGUGCAGAACGCUCUACGAGACGCCUUUGACAAACAACAGAUUGGGGUUCUGGAGCCCAUCAUGCUUACACAUAUCACUUGUCCGGAGGCAACGGCCGGCACUGUGCAGCACGACAUUACUUCCGGCGCUGGUGGACAGGUUCUUGAAGUGAAGGACAGAUCCGCCGAAUCAAGUGGUGACGACUUGAUUGACGUGUCCAAGAUUUACGCUCCCCCUGAUCCGUAUGAUUCUGUGACGUCUCUCCGGGGCAAGAAGACGACGGACAGGAUGGUGGAGAUUGUGGCCAAGGUGCCUUACAAGGAGAUGCUAGACUAUGAUGACCACCUGAGGAGUAAGACGGCUGGGCGUCAUUCCAUGACCAUGUCGUUUGACUCUUUUGCGAGGGUGGUUGGGCACAGGGAGAAAUCAUUGUGA